GCGGGCCCCGCCCCCAACCGGCCGCGGCGGCCGCCCAGCGCGGCAGUCGGCGCUACAAGCCGAGCGGCGCGGAGGGCGCGGAGGGCGCGACCGGCGGGCAGGGGCACCGGAGUGUGCGCCGCCUUCGGGGCUCCUCUCCGCGCGCCAGGGCGCGGACACCACUGCGGCCCCCUCGGGCGGGCACCAGGCUCGGGGCGCCAGGAGUCGGGGGCAGCCCUCCGGGGCGCCGGGACCAUGGCGCUGCGCGCCCGGGCGCUGUACGACUUCAGGUCGGAGAACCCGGGCGAGAUCUCGCUGCGGGAGCACGAGGUGCUGAGCCUGUGCAGCGAGCAGGACAUCGAGGGCUGGCUCGAGGGGAUCAACAGCCGCGGGGACCGCGGCCUCUUCCCGGCCUCGUACGUGCAGGUGAUCCGAGCCCCCGAGCCCGGCCCGGCGGGCGACGGCGGCCCGGGCGCCCCGGCCCGCUACGCCAACGUGCCACCCGGCGGUUUCGAGCCCCUGCCCGCCGCGCCGCCCGCCUCCUUCAAGCCGCCGCCCGACGCCUUCCAGCCGCUGCUGCAACCGCAGCAGGCGCCGCCGCCGAGCACCUUCCAGCCGCCGGGCGCUGGCUUCUCGUAUGGCGGGGGUGCCCUGCAGCCUUCGCCGCAGCAGCUCUACGGCGGCGGCUACCAGGCCAGCCAGGGCAGCGACGAUGACUGGGACGACGAGUGGGACGACAGCUCCACGGUGGCUGACGAGCCGGGCGUGCUGGGCAGCGGCGCGUACCCGGACCUCGACGGCUCGUCGUCGGGGGGCGUCGGCGCUGCGGGCCGCUACCGCCUGUCCACGCGUUCCGACUUGUCGCUGGGCUCCCGCGGCGGCUCGGCGCCCCCGCAGCACCACCCAUCGGGGGCCAAGAGCUCGGCCACCGUGAGCCGCAACCUCAACCGCUUCUCCACCUUCGUCAAGUCGGGCGGGGAGGCCUUCGUGCUGGGCGAGGCGUCGGGUUUCGUGAAGGACGGGGACAAGCUGUGCGUGGUGCUGGGGCCCUACGGCCCCGAGUGGCAGGAGAACCCCUACCCCUUCCAGUGCACCAUCGACGACCCCACCAAGCAGACCAAGUUCAAGGGCAUGAAGAGCUACAUCUCCUACAAGCUGGUACCCACGCACACGCAGGUGCCAGUGCACCGGCGCUACAAGCACUUCGACUGGCUGUAUGCGCGCCUGGCCGAGAAGUUCCCCGUCAUCUCGGUGCCCCACCUGCCCGAGAAGCAGGCCACAGGCCGCUUCGAGGAGGACUUCAUCUCCAAGCGCAGGAAGGGCCUGAUCUGGUGGAUGAACCACAUGGCCAGCCACCCGGUGCUAGCGCAGUGCGACGUCUUCCAGCACUUCCUGACCUGCCCCAGCAGCACCGACGAGAAGGCCUGGAAACAGGGCAAGAGGAAGGCCGAGAAGGAUGAGAUGGUGGGCGCCAACUUCUUCCUGACCCUGAGCACACCCCCCGCCGCCGCCCUCGACCUGCAGGAGGUGGAGAGCAAGAUCGACGGCUUCAAGUGCUUCACCAAGAAGAUGGACGACAGCGCGCUGCAGCUCAACCACACGGCCAAUGAAUUCGCGCGCAAGCAGGUGACGGGCUUCAAGAAGGAGUAUCAGAAGGUGGGCCAGUCCUUCCGCGGCCUCAGCCAGGCCUUUGAGCUGGACCAGCAGGCCUUCUCGGCCGGCCUGAACCAGGCCAUCGCCUUCACCGGAGAUGCCUACGACGCCAUCGGCGAGCUCUUCGCCGAGCAGCCCAGGCAGGACCUGGACCCCGUCAUGGACCUGUUAGCGCUGUAUCAGGGGCACCUGGCCAACUUCCCCGACAUCAUCCACGUUCAGAAAGGAGCUCUUACCAAAGUAAAGGAGAGUAGGCGACACGUGGAAGAAGGGAAGAUGGAGGUCCAAAAGGCUGAUGGCAUUCAGGAUCGCUGUAACACUAUUUCUUUUGCCACUUUGGCAGAAAUUCACCACUUCCAUCAAAUUCGAGUAAGAGACUUUAAAUCACAGAUGCAGCAUUUCUUACAACAACAAAUAAUAUUUUUCCAAAAAGUGACGCAGAAGUUGGAAGAGGCUCUUCACAAAUAUGAUAGUGUUUAAUGACUGGAGGUUGGAUUAUGGACUUUUUUUUCAGUUCAAGGAUAAUUUCUACAGCAGAAUAAAAACUGCUAUCAAAGAGCUAUUGCCAACUAUCAGCAGUGGUACAAGGAUGGUUUUGUGUUCAACUGAAACUCGGCUGAAUAUAUAAUUAUGUAGGAAAGAAGCAGUUAAUAUGGUUAUAUAAUAGAAACAGUACCACACAUUGUAACUAAAUUAUACUAUGUAUGCCUACACUACCAUUGUAACUUUGGGAAUAAUGAUUAUACUAUUUGCCUUAUUGCUUUUUGAAGUAUGGGUAUUUUAGUGCAUACUUUGUAGACCUCAAAACCCAUGAAGGGUCUCAAAGAAGCUGGCUGGAUAAAAGCCUGCUGUGGAUGCCUUUGUACUCUCACAGAUUGGGAUUACCUAAAUUCAACUUAUUCUCUGUUUACAAACUCCAACUAGAGCAGCUAUGCGACUUUGUGCCUUUAGACUCUUGGUUUUUUCAUUUCUCCACCCCCCCCCCACCCCCUUUUUAAAGUAACCACAACUUUUCUGACCGAAAGAGUGAAAGGCCAGUGCACAUCAUGACAAACUGCUGGGAACCUCCUGUUGAUGCUGGGGGCGGGGUGGGAGGAUCAGCUGUCAUCAGUUUGCCCAGCAAGUUCUGUCUCCUGAUGCACGCUGGUGAGCACAGUGGAGGGACACGCAUGCUCAUCUUUGGAUGUGGUGUCUGUUAGGGAAGAAAACGGUGCCACUCUGUUCCCUUAGAUGCUACAGUAGCAUAGCCUCUUCACUCAAGUGUCCUGGAAACUUGGUGUGGAGAUUUCAUCGAACAUGUCUUAUAACCCAGAGAAGGAGUCUAAUCAAUUGGAGACACGAGCACAGAAUCAGUGACAACACACACUCGGUUUUAAUUCUUAGGAGGGUUUUCUUUUCUUUUCUUUUUUUUUUUAGCUUGAAGAUUUUCUUUUAACAUUCAGUGUGAUUUUUGUUUUGUUUUGUUUUGUUUUGUUACUGGAUCUACACUGUUAACUGAUGGAGACUCCACUGUGAUUCACUCGUUUACUUAAUCAAAAACUUUUCAGGGAUGUCUGUAAAAUUCAGUGUUAUACGUGAUGAAAAGUAGUGUUGGUUGAUCUAAGGAGGGACCAGAAAUAAUUUCUACUAUUCCAAAUGCUGACGGAAAAAAGUAAUUGUUUUUGUUUCUGUUUUUAAGUAUUGAUAAGCCCCCAGGACAUUUAACCUUAAAAAUUACUUUAAGUAUAUUCUUUUAUUAUUAUAAGGGAAAUACAAUGGCUGAUAAAUACCAAAAAGAUUCAAAAGCAGCUUAAUUUAAAAAGCACAAAGAGAUUCUGGUUAGAAAUGCCAAAAUCUCAAUGUUUUUAUAGUUGCUGAGCUCAGUAAUGUGAUUCUUGAGUUUACAGAUUUAAAAACUGUCACUGAAAGGUUAAAGUAUCUACUGUUUUUAAUGAAGUCAAACUUAUGCUGCCUCAGAAAUCCCUGGGUAUUAAAAUGGUAACAUAGAAGUAAAGAGGUCAGUUUGAAAUGCUGGUGAGUCACAUUGAUUAAAGAAAAGGGUCAAUUUGCAGAUAGUCAUACAAAGAGAAGGUUAUUGAAAUGAUUUUUCAACAGCACAUUUACUCUAAAAAGUAAUCUCACAUGGGUUGAAUUUUUAAGAUCAGAGUAUCAUAAUUUUGAUCAAAAUUUUAUACCUUAGGUAACUUAGAGCCAGAUUUAACAUCAUGUGGCUUUGUCUCUACUACCAACAUGUGGAACUGUAACCAAAUAUAUUGUUCUUUAAAAAAUAACUUUCUCUUGUUGGUUGCAAAAUACAGUUCUAUAAACAAAACCCAUAUAUAUAUAUAUGUGUGUGUAUAUAUAUAUAUGUGUGUGCGUAUGUAUAUAUAUAUAUAUGUGUGUAUAUAUAUAUAUAUAUAUAUAAAUAUUAAUUUUAUUGCAGAAGUUUGGAGAUUAUAAUGAUAGCAUUUAAUUUAAGUUUGAGUCUGUAUUGGACAAAUAAGCACUAUGCUUUUCAAAUGAUUGGAAAAUCAGUUUUACUUGCCUCCUUUUUUGGCAGUGGUUUGAUUUUUUUUGUUUGUUUAAGUAAAAAUCACUAAACUUUGCAAUGGUAGCAUUGAAAUUAUCUGAGGUGUCUUGUAUGAAUUGUGCUUUGGCCAGGGUGGACAUAGCUUAAAUUAUAAAAACUAAAGAUUAAAGAAAAAGGAAGUAUAAGUUCAUGCUGCCUAUUUAGAAGAGAACUUUCAUUCUUCAUAACUAUGUAACAUUAUAAUGCCACUGAUUCAUAAGGGGUUUAAAUUAAUUCUGUGGGGUAGGACACCGGAAUUAUUAGUGUUCAUUUUCAUCUAAGAUCUUUAUAUCUCUAACGUUCUUGGUCCUAUUGAAACAUUUCAGUAUACAAAAAUACUGCAAUGUUAAUACCCAAGAGAAAAGCCAUCAUAAUGUGUAUGCUGGUCAUUAUGAUCAGUGUGGUACAAUUUUUUAAAAUAAACUAUCAUGCCCUUCA